GAAUAAUAUUAUAAGCAAAAUUUCUCAACAUCACCAACUGGAGUAUCAAAAAGAGGGGCUUGUGUUGUGAAUAAAGUUGGAUAAAUUUAUUUAAGUGUUGCUAAACAAAGGUAACACUUAACAGAAAUACAACAGUAGAAGUGUUUGUAAAGAAUAAAGUAUAAAAAGAAAAGGAAGCAAAAUAUAUAAACUGGUAUUUGAGAGGGAAAAUAAUGGAAAAGAGUGAGAAAAGUAUACAAUUGAUUUCCCCUGAACCCAUGACAAAAGAGAUGAUAUCAUACAAUUGUGAUAUCUGUACAAAGUCGUUCUUUCAAAAAAGUGACCUACUUAUGCACAAACGUAUUCACACAGAAGAGAAACUAUAUGAUUGUGAUAUCUGUGGUAAAUCAUUCUCUUGCAGUAGUAAGUUAUCUACACACAAUCGUUCUCACACAGGAGAGAAACCAUAUCAUUGUGAUAUCUGUGGUAAAUCAUUUUCUCGAAGUAGUAAUGUUACUGCGCACAAACGUACUCAUACAGGAGAGCGACCAUAUCACUGUGAUGUCUGUGGUAAAUCAUUUCCUCAAAGAAAUCACGUCACUGCACACAAACGUAUUCAUGCAGGAGAGAAACCAUAUCACUGUGAUAUCUGUGGUAAAUCAUUCUCUCAGAGAAUUCACUUAUCUACACAUAUACGUAGUCAUACAGGAGAGAAACCAUAUAAUUGUGAUGUCUGUGGUAAAUCAUUCUUUGCAAAUAAUGCCUUAACAAAACACAUGUAUAUUCAUACAGGAGGGAAGCUAUAUCAAAGUGAUAUUUGUGGUAAACGAUUCUCUAUCAAAAGAUCCUUAACAUCACACAAACGUAUUCAUACAGGAGAGAAACCAUAUCAUUGUGAUAUUUGUGGUAAAUCAUUCACUAGUAAUAGUUACUUAAAUGUACACAGACGUAUUCAUACAGGAGAGACACCAUAUCAUUGUGAUAUUUGUGGUAAAGCAUGCUCUAAUAAUAGUGCCUUAGCAACACACAAACGUAUUCAUACAGGAGAGAAACCAUAUCAUUGUGAUAUCUGUGGUAAAUCAUUCUCACAAAAUACUCACUUAUCUACACACAAAAGUAUUCAUACUGGAGAGAAAGCAUAUCAUUGUGAUAUCUGUGGUAAGUCAUUCUCUCAAAGUAUUCACUUAUCUACACAUAUACGUAUUCAUACAGGAGAGAAACCAUAUCAUUGUGAUGUCUGUGGUAAAUCAUUCUCUGAAAGUAAUACAUUAACAAAACACAGACGUAUUCAUACAGGAGAGAAGCCAUAUCACUGUGAUAUUUGCGGUAAACGAUUCUCUAUUAAAAGUUCCUUAACAUCACACCAUCUUACUCAUACAGGAGAGAAACCAUAUCAAUGUGAUAUUUGUGGUAAACCAUGCUCUAAUAAUAGUGCCUUAGCAACACACAAACGUAUUCAUACAGGAGAGAAACCAUAUCAUUGUGAUGUCUGUGGUAAAUCAUUCUCUGACAGUAGUGCUUUAACUGCACACAAUCGUAUUCAUACAAGAGAGAAACCAUAUCAUUGUGAUAUUUGUGGUAAACCAUACUCAAAUAAUAGUGCCUUAACAUCACACAGACGUACUCAUACAGGAGAGAAACCAUGUCACUGUAACAUCUGCAGUGAAUCAUUCUCUCAUAAUAGUUCUUUAAUUAUGCAUAAACGUAUUCAUCCAGGUGCAAAGCCAUAUCACUGUGAUAUCUGCGGUGAAUCUUUCUCUCAUAAUAGUAUCUUAACUACGCAUAAACGUAUUCACACAGGAGAGAAGCCAUAUCACUGUGAUAUCUGCGGUGAAUCUUUCUCUCAAAAUAGUACACUAACUACACAUAAACGUAUUCAUACAGGAGAGAAACCAUAUCAUUGUGAUAUCUGUGGUAAGUCCUACUCUCAAAGUAGUAAGUUAACAAAACACAAAAAUAUUCAUACUACGGAGAAAGGAAACUAAUGAAAAUUAUGACUAAAGUAUGUCCAAAAUUAUAUGUGCUAGCUAUCUCUUGUUGGCUUCCUUUGUCUUUCAUUCUAUUGUGUGUUUAACCUUGAAAAGCUAUGAAAUUGUGUUUUUGAGAGAAACGAAUUUCACUUCCAAAAUCUGCAUCCCAAGGAGAAAAUCAUCGAUGAAUAAUAAUAAUAAUACAAAGGAUAAUCUCAAAGAGGA